CAAAUAGUCCAGUUGUUGGGUUACGUUUAUCUUUGGCUUGUAAAGAAAACGUUUAAAAAGUGUAAAAUUCUACGUAUUUUCUGGGGAAAAUUCGUUAAAACCGUAAUUUUGUAUGCACCGGUGCUAAAGUCGAUUAGUGCAUUUGUUGAUUUUUGUGCAAAAUAAGAUUAAUUUGCAUUUAAAAAUUUUGCGCGUUCACGGUACGUUCAGCGUGGCGUGUGUAUGUAUAUAUGUGUGCGUAAUAUACCUGCUAGUUGCUUUGUAUCGCUGUCCCAGUGCGGAAGGAGAGCAAAAGAGAGAACUCGCUACAUCAAAGCAAAGCGUUGCAACUGAACGAAAACAUUGCAAAAUACAAUUAAUUGUAUUUUGUAAGCAAAAUUAAUACUAAUACCGAUAUCAAAAUGUCCGACGAGACCAGUAUACAAAAACCGGAAGCAGAGACUGUUGUAGAGACCAAAUCCAACAACGAAGAAGAUGAAACAAUUCUACCGGCAGCGGAUGAGAAGAAGACACCCAAACGCACGCCAAAGCGUCGCUCUUUCAUUGAGCGAGCUCAGCGCGAGAGUGAGGAGUUGGUGCGAACAAUGGGCGGCACCUUGGAGCUGGAAGGUGGACGUCGUACUCGAUCCAGUACGCGUGGUACUCCUACAAGAAGCGCUGAAACCGUUACACCGCCUCCAAAUAAAAAAGCGCGCACAUCGCCAGCGAUUACGAAGAGCGGCGGACGGGGCCGUGGUGCACGGAAACUGGAUAUAGGAGGCGAUGACGAAGGCGAUCAAGAGCUAACAAAACCUAAAUCAGUAAUAGCAGAGAAGGAAGAGGCGGAAGAAAAGGCUCAGGCAAGCAAAACUAUUAUAGCAAACGUCUCUGCGAAGAAAGGAAAGAAGGAAGAAAAGGAACAGAAGCCUAAGGUGGUUGACGCGAAAGACAAGAAGAAUACCAAGAUCACAGAGAAUCCUGAAAUAAAGGUUACGGAAUCAAAGGAGUCUGCGUCAAAAGCCCCAGAAAGUAAGGAUCAGCCUGAUUCUACUGCCCAAGAGCCUGCGCCGAAAGAAGAAAAGCAAAACAACAUUGUCCACGAUAAAUCAAGCACUAAAGAACCCGAAGCAAAGGAAAAAACGCCUGAGCCAGUGACAAAUCGUGAAGAACCAGCUAAAGUUGAAAGCCCACCAAAAAGUGAUGCUUCUGCAACUGCUCCUGUUUCUGAUUCACCAAUGGAAGUGGAUGAAGAUGAGAAACAACAAUCAAGCACGGAUCAGACUACCGCUGAUGCAACAUCCUCCGACACUUCUACACCUGCUGAUAUCGCAGAAUCAGUAGAGAAAAAGAAGGAAACAGAAGAAUCCCAAGAAAGUGAGAGCAGUGGGGAGCAAAAAACCGAAACCACCGAAACUGAUGAACCCGCCAAGCAGCGAACCCCGGAACCCAUGGAUGUAGACUCAAGUUCGAAAGCCAGCACCGAAACUGCCAGGCCCAUAUCACCCGUCAAAGAAGAUGCGCCAUUAGCAGCCACUGUCGAAACCAGUGACAAACCUAAGCCGGCUGAGGUAGAAACAAGCAAUAACGAAGCCAUUGAAUUGGCCACCGAAGUCAAAGAGGAUACACCAGUCGUUCCAGAGAAGGAGACAAAAGAAAGCGAAGUCGAAAGCACAUCAGCAGAGAACAAUACAACCAAAGCUGAUGAAAUACCUGCCAGCAAUGAUGUGAGCAAGCUGGCUGCGCCAGUUGCCCCAACCGAAGUCGCAUUAACGGAGGCGCCAGCAGCACCCGCUAAGGAGACUAACUGCGAAAACAAAUCCGAGCACAAUGACAAUGGUGAACCGAAGAUCGUUAACAGUGCCACCGAAGAUGGUGAGAACCAUGUAACGCCGCAGGCCUGCAAUUAAAGUAGCAGCAUAUUAAUAAAAAUAAUGACGAUGAUGAUGAUGAAAACCAAUAACUAAAGUUAAAAGCCGAAUGUGUACAAGUGUUGCCUCGGCUUAUAUCGAAAAGCCAACAAAUAUGCAAAUAACUACGAGUCUAUCGUAAACUACUUCGCGCACCUAACGCCUAACAUAGGCUAAAUUUUGUUUCCAUUGUCAAGUUUUUUCUUUUUAUUCACAAACUACAAAAUCGUAAGCGAUUGCAAUUCACUUAACAUCUUCCAGUCUUUGGCUGUAAUCGAUGCCGGAUUUUCAAUGCUGUUUUGUGUGAGCAAUAUAGAGUAACAAUUACACAUUCACAGCAACCAUAAACUAACACGUACCCCUAACCCGCCAAUCUAAACACUCAAGCCAACACACCCGCAUCCAAACUAAACACACACACACACAUUGUUAAAAGCAAUCAACUAUAAAUAAUAUGUAUGUGUAAAGUUAAUUA